AUGGCUCAAGAAAUUGAACAUUAUCUAAAGGAACAAUUCGAGAAAGUCCUUGAUGGGAAAGACCAAAGUAUCUCCAAAAUUCCCAGGUACAACCAAUUUCAAGAAAUAAAGUCUUUGCUUGUAGACAUUUUCAGCUCAUCCUCCCCUGUAGAUUCAUCCAUCAGGGACAAGCUUUACUACCUCAACAACGUUGUCACUGAGUGCCAGAUGCUAACAAGAAAACACGGUUUCAAUUCUCCUGAGGAGCUACUCACCAUUAACAGAAUCAGGAGGGAGUUAAAUAAGAUCAAGAGGGAACUCAAGGCUACGAAAGAUAAACUACAACCUAACAACGGUGUUUCAAGCUCACAGGGCACAGAGACAAGCUCACGGAACACAGAGAUUUCGAGGUGGACUACUCAUGUAGUAGAUGAUUCCAAGGUUUAUGGAUUUGAUGAUAAUGUGGUGUCAAUGGAAAAGUUGCUUCUUGAAAAAGAAAGUCAUGAUCGGUUCAAGGCAGUAGGCAUUGUUGGUAGGGAAGGGAUAGGAAAAACAACACUUUGCCAAUUGAUAUUCAACAAACCAGAGGUGAAAAACAACUUCCUUCCAAGGAUCUGGGUGUGCAUGGCCAGACACCCGGAUGAAGAUGAAGAUCUAAAAGUAGCAAUUGUCAAAAGAAUGUUGGUGUACCUUGGAGUUGGAAGGGAGACGGUGAAGUCCAUUUUCGAUGAGAAGCGUGGCCUCGAAGGACUGUUGUGUGCUCUCUACCAGCAAUUGGUGGGCAAGAGGUAUCUGAUUGUGCUUGAUGAUGCUAGGGAGACCGAUUCAUGGUACGGACAGUUGGAUUCUUGUUUGAGCCGUGAUAAGAAAUGGGACGAUGGGUUCGCAUUUGGAUUGCCAAAAGGGAAUGGGGGUAGAGUCAUAGUCACAAGUAGGAAUGAAGAACUAGCAAAGAUGAUGGUUGGAGAAGAAAAUAUACAUCGCCUUUUGCCGCUUUCAGACCCUGAAAGCUGCUGGAAAAUAUUCAAAGACGCAGUUGAGAAUGAUCCGAUUCUAUCCUAUCCCUCAGACUUGGAAGAUCUGAAGUUGGAAAUCAAUCAAAAAUGUGGGGGCAUUCCAUUAGCAGCAAAAAUGAUGGGACAGGCAAUGCUUGAACAAGUUCCGAAGUAA